GAUAAUCAAAAGUGGGUCAAUGCAAAUAAAAAAUGCAUGGCCUUUAUAAAGAACACCAUUGAGAGCGCCAUUGUGGGCUCCAUUGCAGAGUGCACUUCCGCAGGGGAGUUGCUUUCAAAGAUAAAGAGCCAGUUCACUGGCUCUUCAAAGAUAUAUGCCACCCAGGUGUUAGAGCAACUGGUGACAGAAAAAUACAAAGGUGGCAGUCAUGGCAUAAGAGAGCACAUCCUCAGGAUGAGCAAUAUGGCUGCAAAGCUCAAACCAAUGGAUGCAGAUCUGGAGAUCAAACCAGCGCUCCUGGUCCACCUUGUCAUGGCUUCAUUGCCACAGGAGUUUGAAGCUUUUGUAGUGAACUAUAAUAUGUCACCUGGAACAUGGGACGUAGAAAAGACAAUAGCAAUGUGUGUUCAAGAAGAGGAGAGACUAAAAGCCGCACAUGGUGGUACACUCAACUAUGUGCAUGGUCACAAAAGAAAGAAUUAUAAUCUAAACAACAAAAGUUCUCCUUCAAAGCCACGAGGAAAAGUUUCCUAUCAGCAUCAGCGUCAGCAACAGCCUUUCUCAGUGGACAAAGACACUUGUCUCCACUGUAAGAAGACCGGGCAUUACAAGAAAGACUGUCCCGUUUGGCUAAAGUCGAUCAUGGCAAAAAGAGGGAUUCCAUUCGACGCGGACUACGCUAAGAAGCGAAAGACGCAUUGAAGUGGCGAACGGAGUUGAAGCAGAAGUUGAAGCUGUCGGUGAUAUCUCCUUGGAGUUAGCUGAUGGAUUCAAUCUUCUACUUAGAGAUGUUUUAUUCGUUCCAUCAUGUAAUAGAAACUUAAUAAGUGUUUCUUGCUUGGACAAAGAUAAUUAUGAGUGUUAUUUUGGACAUGGCAAGUGUGCCAUUUGGUUAAAUAAUGCUUAUGUGGGUGAUGCUUUACUACAUGAUGAGCUUUAUUUGUUAUCACUUCGUGAAAAAGUCUAUCCCGUUUGCAAUGUGAAAGAACAUGUUUCUGCGUCGAAUAAAGUACAAAAGAAAAGAAAAAGAACAUUUGACUCAUCGAAACUAUGGCACUGUCGCUUGGGCCAUAUUUCGAAGGGGAGAAUAGAAAGAUUAGUCAAAAGUGAAAUUCUUCCUCCGUUAGAAUUUUCAGACUUAGAACAAUGCAUAGAUUGCAUUAAAGGAAAGUACGUAAAACAAAUCAAAAAAGGUGCAAUCCAUAGCACAGGCACACUAGAAAUCAUUCACACUGAUAUUUGUGGACCAUUUCCGGUGAAAAGUGUGGAUGGAUAUGACUCGUUCAUAACAUUCACAGAUGAUUACUCUCGCUAUGGUUAUAUUUAUCCAAUCAAAGAAAGAUCGGAAGCGUUGGAUAAAUUUAAAAUAUUCAAAGCUGAAGUUGAAAAUCAGCACGAUAAAAGAAUAAA